AUGAAACUCAAGCUAAAGGAGGAGGAGGAGGGGCAGCCAGAGCCCCUGUGCUGUGGUAAAAUCACAUCGUUUAAAUGUACACCUCGUUGUUGAUUAAACUCCACCAAGGCCAACACUGAGACGAGAUGUGUGUGAGCUUGCAUAUAAUCACCCUCACACCAUUACAGACCAUAUGUAUUGAGAAACAAAGAGACAUUUUAGCCAUAGAAAUACCUCCACAAGACAGGCCUUCCUAGCACGAGGACUGUGUCUGUCUGCACAGGGUUAUGUCUUUUGCAUAUCAUAGAGAGAAUAAAUGAACCAGGGCAAAUAAUGAGCUAAGGAGAGGGAGCCGAGAGUGAGUUGGAGCAUUAACUGGCUCUGUAAAGAGAGGAAGGGGGAAAUAUGCUCUCUGGGCUGGCUGGGCUCUCUGCAGAAUGGUCUGGUUUAUUUUCACUGGGAGGAUAUCACUGGAGGACUGACCUUGGAUACAUUUAUAAGGCUACACACACACACACACACACACACAUACACACAAAUACACACACACACACACACACACACAUGUUUGUUGUACUAUCCUUGAGGGGACCAAAACAUUUAUUCCCUAACCCCUAACCCUUAACCUUAACCCUUAAUGUAUAUAUAUAUAUGUAUAUUCCGGAAUUUUUCUGGAUUAUGUAUGUAUUUAUUUAUUUAUUGCUAGGUAUUACUACAGUGUUGGAGCUAGAAACACAAACAUUUCACUGCACCUGCAAUAACAUCUGCAAAUCUGUGUUCGCGACCAAUAAACGUUGAUUUAAUUUGACACACACACACACACACACACAAACACACAAGCCUGCUGGUUGGUGAGAAUUUGGCCUCCUCUCUGAGUGUGAUGGCUCCCAGCCCACUCUCCCUGUGACCGUGUGCUGUCAGGGGCCUCCCCCGGACUGCCACGGAGGGCCCUCAGGGGCUGCUUAAAGGGUGUUGGAGGGAGGGAGUUAUUUGGGUAACCACAGUCAUAGAGGGGGAAGGGGUUAUGCUUUUUGGAAGAUUGUUAGCAAGACUGCCAAGACCCCCCUCCCCUGCGCCUACUGCCAGUACUGCCACACACACAUACACACACACACACACACACACACACACACACACACACAGCUGUGGAUAAUUGUAUAACACUAAUGAGAUUUUAGUUAACCCUGACACUGCAGUGGUGUGACCUUCACCCCUCUCCCUGUGUCUCCUGAGAGAGUUCCACAAGGCAGGUCAGGCCAGUGGGGAGGAAAUGACUUGUCAGUGUUUGUAAACAGUGUAAAACUCCCCCCUGUGCUGUGCUCUGUGUCCUGUCCUGUCCUGUCAGCCCCAGAGCCUGGAACCAGACACAGAGCUGAUGUCAGGACGACCUCUCCUCUCUCCACAGGAGUCUCCUCUAAUGAAGAGCUCUGUUUCAAAUGCUGAUUAGGGCCCAGAGCAGCACAGGGUCAAGGGUCAAACGCACUCAGGCAAGUCUCUCUGACCCCCCCCCCCCCCCCCCCCCCUUUAGCCGAGAGAGAGAGAGAGAGAGAGAGAGAGAGAGAGAGAGAGAGAGAGAGAUGUUGACUUGCUUUGGCAAUGUUAACAUACAUUUCCCAUGCCAAUAAAGCCUUUAAAUUGAAAUUGAAUUGAGAGAGAGAGAGAGACCAGUCAUUAGCCUUGACAUUGUUACUCUUGGCCCAGAUGAAUAGAUCACACUCAGCACAUCCAAGUCAACACACACUGCUUCACAGACACUGUCUAUGGGAAUAUAGGGGAAUAAGUUGUCUUGUUAUCUUGUGAUUUCUCAAACUUGAAACAUGAUCAGGCCGAGUGAAUGAAAGAGAGAGUGAGAGAAUGAAAGUUAGGCAGUUGGGGUGUGUGGGGGAUGGUUGUCUGAGUGCCAAAGCCAGCUGAAUGUUUUAUACAAUGUAUUUGAGUGUGGGUGGAGGGAUCUUGGCACUUGAAUGGUCUAUAGUCUAAAGAGAAAAGAGGUGCUGUCUGUCGGAAAGGGAGGCUAGGUUAGAGGUGCCUUCAGUGCGUUCUGGAGCAGGGGUAUAUUAUCAAUUCCGAGCCAAUUUGAAAUCGGACACAGUCAUCAAUAUGAGCCGGUCUCCAUAGGACACUUCAAUUGAGCCCCCCCCCCACCACCACCAUACACACACACACAGAGAUACACUCUCAAAUAGACAGGCAGAAAGACGGACAUGUAGCAGAACAAAGCGUGUGUUCACUCCCCGAUCGAAGUUCGCCGCUAAUUUUACAUUCUUACUGAAAUGGAAGACAGGGCUUUUAGGAGUAUUUCUUUACACAUUCCUCAGAACAUACCAUUGCUUUACAGUCUCAGCUCUAACCUUGUUUAAUUUCCACAUGCACUAAUAGUAACCCGCUGAGAAAGCCUUUCAACCCAAAACAUAGAAAAUCAAAACCACAAAGAUUGAGGGCAAGUGCCUGGAGCAGGGUCCAUUUACACAAAGCCUUUUCACACUGUUCUUUUCCCUUUUUCCUCCUCUCUCUUUAUGGCCACUAACUCUUUCUGUCGUGAUCUCUUUUGUCCUCUUUUGCUCUCUCCCACUCACUGAACUCUAAACAGAACAUGAACUCUCUGUACUGUAUCUCUGUUUGUGCUGUCACUGACAAGCAUCAAUAGCGCAUAAUAUAUAUUAUGGUAAGUGUGGCUGACUGUGUGUGUGACACAUAGAGAUUGAGUGAGUUCUUGACGGAGUAUAAUAGUCUCUCCCUGCCCCUGAAAGGGUUGCAGGUGCUAUUUCCAGGCAGUGUUGGCCAGUAGUUUGCAGUGUGUUUGGCUCCAGCUGACUCUGAGAGGAGUGAGGUGCUGAACCCAGACUCUUGUUUGUGCCCGCAGCACCUGGGUCAUACAGACACAACAACACUAACACACACAGAGCAGACAGUCUGGGACUCCACAAAGGUCUGCCCAUUCAAAACAUCCCCAACCAGCAGGAACACAAACUCCCAUAGGCAAGAUAGAAUAGACUGAAAGUGCUGAAACUGUUUUUAUACUCAAUAAAAUCAUACCAACAUGAAAGCAGUUUGGCCAAGUGCAGCUUUUGUUGUUUGUGAAUUUGAUAUAAUUGCAAUGUACAGAUCAUUUGAUCACUCUUUUGCUGCUGAGAAUUUUUCUGCACAGCAAGAAAUGCUAACUUGUAGUGUAUUCAAGGUUUAAAAGGCUUCUAACGUUUGUAAUUUUCCCUUUAAAAUGCUAGAAUUGAUUUUCCCUAAAGAAAAAUGUAUCAACCCCACAAAAAAAUGUCCAUUGAUUAUAAUCCACAUAAUAAUUCACAUUUCCUGUUGCUGGCUGGAAACUGGCUCAAAUUAAGAUCCUACAUCUGUAGGAUGUUUAUGGUAUGGUAUUUGGAAUUUAUUAGGAUCCCCAUUAGCUGUUGCGAUAGCAGCAGCUACUCUCCCUGGUGUCCACACAAAACAUGACACAUUACAUAAUACAGAACAUUAAUAGACAAGAACUCAAAGACAGAACUAAAUCAAUUGUAAACAAGAAAAAUAUAACUAAAAGGUUCUGUACUGACUCAAUAGUGACUCAAUUCAGUAGCAUCUAGACUAUCAGUUAUACAUUCAUAUCAGUACAUACAUACACAUCAAAUCAUUUGUUUAAAUAGCGGAGAGGCGUUGAAGUGCCGUGAAGCUGUUUUUGAAAGCCAGGUCUGAUGUUCACUUGAGCAAUCUGAGAUGGAAUGGAGUUCCAUGCAAUCAUGGCUCUAUGGAUGGGAUAUAGGACAGAGAUAAAAGUCACGCCUGCUCUAGCACCAUCAUCCCCCUUUCUAUCCAUUCCUCCAUCCGUCCAUCCCUCUCCCCUGUGGUCCUCACCUGCUGGCCCACCCUGACUGUGGUGUUGGUGAGGUCACCUGAUAGAGAGAAGUUCCCGGUCUCCUUACAGUCACAGGACACUAGAGAGUUAUUGUCCAGGGCUUUCAGAGCAAAACUCUCUCAUGCAGUCCAGCUUGCCUGCCACAGUGCUUCAUCAUAAUCAGAAUGCCAAAUAAUUUGAAUAAAAAUAAUGGAAUAAAAAAAGAAUACUGAAUUGACAAGGGAAUAUUGGCACCCGUGAGCAUUCCGAAAUUGAGUGAAAAUACUUUGUGGGAGGGUUGGUAUUUUCUUGUUGAUGUGUACUGAUUGUGCUGUUGUCUGGAAGCCUCACUGCUUAUCAGGGCCAUUUGCAUGAGUGACUUAGUGCAUCAUAACGGAAUGACGUCUGUAUGUCCUCACUGUGUGGUCCACUGAACUGACUCCUCUUCAUCCUCUUCCUCUUCAGAGUCAGGAAACCAGCUGGUGGCUCAGGAGGCGGUGAGGAAGCCGUCCACUCUCCGCCGACCUCCUGCCCCGGCCCGCACAGGAACAGGGGAGCAGCUCUCCACCAGUAAAAACCACAACCCUAACACUCUCUCAUACAGUACUUUAACACCUGGAACCAUACUUCUCUUUUGAAUAUCGUCAGACUCAGAACACCUAGGAUCCCAUUUAUCUCCUUUACAACGUUUUGUUUUAACACUCAGGCCCCAUGUUUCUCAUAUUCACUGAAGUACAUUUUUGGAAGUGCUUUUUGCAGAUAUCGAUACUUGUCCACAUACACUACCAUUUAAAAGUUUGGGGUCACUUAGAAAUGUCCUUGUUUUCGAAAGAAAAGCAAUUUCUUUGUCCAUUAAAUUAACAUCAAAUUGAUCAGAAAUACCGUGUAGACAUUGUUAAUGUUGUAAAUGGCUAUUGUAGCUGGAAACUGCAGAUUUUUUAUGGAAUAUUGUGACGAGUACUGAGGAUACAAAGAGGCAGGACGCAGACGCAGGAAUCAACAAUGUAAAGGUUUACUUAACACUGAGCAAGAGAACAACAAAGAGCGAGUACACGACAAGACACUGACAAUCACACACAACACAACACUGAACGAUCCAGGGCUAUAUAGGGGUGGUGAUGAGAUGAGGUGCAGGUGCGCUGGAGGUGAUUAGGGUGCGUUGGGUUUCCAUUCCGGUGUUGCCGAGGUGGUGCGCUCAGAUCGGUGGCUCAAUAGACCGGCGAAUCAGAGCGCCGGAGGGGAGCAACGGGAGGGGGCGUACCCCGGGGGACGGCAUCCGCCAGAGGACCAGGAACCACCGGCCUGAGGAGAGACACAUGAAAAGUGGGUGAGACACGGUAGUGAGGGGGAAGGAGCAGCCGGUACGAUACCUAAUUUAUCUGCCGGAGGACUUUAAACGGCCCCACAAACCGGGGGCUCAGUUUCUUGCAGGGCAGGUGGAGAGGGAGGUUUUUUGUGGACAGCCAGACACGAUCACCAGGCUGGAAUACGGGGGCCUCACUUCGGUGGCGGUCAGCUUGUUCCUUCUGCCGAUGAAUGGCCCUCUGGAGGUGGACAUGGGCAGCAUCCCAGACCUGUCCGGCCCUGUGGGCGCAUCGGUCUGGCUGGGUGUCCAAGGGGCCAGGGCCGGCUGGUACCCCAGGAUGUACUGGAAGGGAGUGAGCCCUGUGGAGGAGUGAACGAGGGAGUUCUGGGCAUAUUCUGCCGAUGAAUGGCCCUCUGGAGGUGGACAUGGGCAGCAUCCCAGACCUGUCCGGCCCUGUGGGCGCAUCGGUCUGGCUGGGUGUCCAAGGGGCCAGGGCCGGCUGGUACCCCAGGAUGUACUGGAAGGGAGUGAGCCCUGUGGAGGAGUGAACGAGGGAGUUCUGGGCAUAUUCUGCCCAGGGUAGAAACCUUGCCCACUCACCCUGCCGGUCCUGACAGUGGCAGCGAAGAAACCUCCCCAGCUCCUGGUUCAUGCGCUCCACCUGCCCAUUCGACUGAGGCCUAUACCCGGAAGUGAGGCUGGCCGUGGCCCCGAUCUUCUCCAGGAAAGCCUUCCACACUCGGGAGGUGAAUUGGGGGCCAUGGUCCGAGACGAUGUCCUCCGGAAGUCCAUAAUGCCGUAAGACCUGUUGGAACAGGACCUCAGCGACCUGGAAAGCAGAAGGAAGACCAGUUAGUAGCAAAUAACGGCAUGAUUUGGAGAACCGAUCUACGACCACCAGGACUGUGGUGAAGCCGUCAGAACGUGGGAGGUCGGUGACAAAGUCUAUGGACAGGUGUGACCAAGCUCGCUGAGGCACUGGGAGAGGAACUAGUUUGCCUGCCGGGGCAUUCCGAGGUGUCUUCGUUUGGGCACAUACGAAACAGGAGUUGAUAUAGCGGGAGACAUCAGUAGCCAAGGUGGGCCACCAGUAUUUUUGUGAGAGAGAAUGUAGGGUGCGCGUCAUACCGGAGUGCCCUGCCGUAAAGGUGGUGUGCGCCCAGAUCUGCAGGCGGUCACGGACCCUGGUGGGUACAUACACGCGCCCAGGAGGCGCUGGGUCCUCCUGAGCCGCCAGGUCGGAUGUCUUUGUCCACAUCCCAAACGACAGGUGCCACGAUGAGAGACGGUGGCAGGAUAGGACCCCCUAAAUCCUUCCUUUCUCCGGUAUGGUACAUCCUGGAGAGUGCGUCGGCUUUCACAUUCUGGGAUCCUGGGCGGUAGGACAGAAUAAACUGAAAGCGAGUUAGAAAUUGGACCCACCUGGCUUGACGAGAGUUCAUCCGUUUCGCUGCCCAUAUGUGCUCCAGAUUCCAGUGGUCAGUGAGAAUCUGGAAUGGAUGGACUGCGCCCUCCAGCCAGUGUCUCCAUUCCUCCAGAGCGAGGACCACCGCCAACAGCUCCCUGUCUCCAACUCCAUAGUUCCUCUCUGCGGAGGUAAGCUUUUUCGAGAAAAAGGCACAGGGAUACAUUUUCUCUGGCUUACCUUGCCGAUGGGAGAGGACCCCAACCACGCCCUCCUCAGAUGCGUCCACCUCCAGGAUGAAAGGACGAGCUGGAUCUGGGUGUUUUAGCAGGGGCACUGUGGUGAACCUCUCCUUCAGCCUCUUGAAGGCAGCGUCAGCCUCAGGGUUCCAGGCCAGUUUCUGAGGCCCCCCUUAAGGAGAGAGGUGAGCGGGGCAGGCUAUGGAGCUGAAGGACCUGAUGAAACGCCGGUAGAAAUUAGCGAAGUCCAGGAAGCUCUGUAGGCCUUUGAUGGUGGUGGGGACUGGCCAUGACCUGACGGCGUCCGUCUUCGCUCUUUCCAUGAACACCCCCUGAGGACUGAUCCUGUAUCCCAGGAAGGAGAUGGCCUGUUGGUGGAAUUCGUAUUUCUCCCCCUUCACCAACAGGCUGUGUUCCCAGAGGCAGAGUAGGACCGCUCUGACGUUCCUGACGUGCUCCUCGAACGUAGUCGAGUAGAUCAGGAUAUCAUCGAUGUACACCACCACCUGUCUACUCAGCAUGUCUCGCAACAAAUCAUUGACGAAGGACUGGAACACGGAAGGUGCGUUAGCGAGGCCGUAGGGCAUGACACAGUAUUCAUAGUGGCCUGAGGUAGUGCUGAAUGCCGUCUUCCACUCGUCUCCUUCCCGGAUUCAGGUCAGGUUGUAGGCACUCCUCAGGGCCAACUUGGUAAAGUACCGGGCCCCUCGCAGCUGCUCGAUGGCCGACGGAACCAGAGGGAGGGGGUACCGGUACUUGGUGGUGACUGCGUUCAGCCCCCGGUAGUCAAUGCACGGUCUCAGUCCUCCGUCUUUUUUGUCCACGAAGAAGAAGCUGGCGGAGGCAGGAGAGGUAGAGCGUCUGAUGAACCCCUGUUUCAGGGUCUCUGCCACAUACUUCUCCAUGGCAUCAGUCUCCGAUAUGGAGAGGGAGUAAAUCCGACUCUUCGGGGGGUGUUGUCCCUCCAGCAGGUCAAUGGCGCAGUCCCAGGGCCUGUGAGGAGGGAGACACUUAGCCUUGGAGGCAGAGAAGACAUCGGAGAGAUCUGCGUACUCACGUGGAAUGUUGGGCUGGAGGGCGGACUCCGGACUCUCCACUGACGUGGAACAACAAACCACCGGCAGGCAGGUCCUCCGGCAUGAGGGGGACCAGGCUGUGAUCCUCUUGGUGAUUCAAUUGAUGGUGGGGUUGUGUAGUCUGAGUCAGGGCAAUCCCAAGACGAUCGGAAGUGAUGCAGACAAUUACAAUGAUGGAAGUUACAAUCUAUCAGCAAUAGUAAAGCUGAUCAACACCCCUAAAGAAAAGAAAAAAGAGAAGAAAAAAAAAGAAAACAUCCUAAGAUGAUCCGGUGAAGGGGUGACGUGACGAUCUGGAAGGACAGCUCCUCGUGGUGCUCCGGUAGUGUGGGAAUGGUGAUGGUGAUGGUGAUGGGGAGAGUGACGUGCGUAAUGGUGCCUGAUCCAAGUGGUUUAUUGUCCAGCGAGGUGACGUGAAACGGAGAAGGCAGUGGCACAGUGGGCAACCCCCAUUCAGAGACCAGCACCCUAUCUGUAAGGUUCCCCACUGAUCCGGAAUCUAUCAUUGCCGUGGAAAGCGAAGAAAAGGAAGAACCAUUCACCGUUAGGGGAACUAAAAACAAUGGUUUGGUGACAGGUGAUGAAGGAACACUCACGGAGCGGCGACGGGAGUCAUACCGCCUAGAUAGGGAGCCGCCAGGAGAUCUGUGGUCCGUGGUGGUGUAGGGGGUGCUGCCCACUUCCAAGGGUGAGGACUCGGAGGCAGGGCGGCUUCCAUAGCUCAGAUGGGGUGAGCGUCAAGGCUCCGGGAGGUGUUGGGAACGCCGUCGGUCUCUCAACAUGUCGUCAAGAUGAAUGGACGUGGCGAUGAGGGUAUCAAGGUCCAUCUCGUCAUCCCGACAUGUGAGUUCCGUCGUGAUGUCCUCCCGUAAGCCUCUCCUGAAGGCCGUGCGCAGAGCACGCUCAUUCCAGCCGGAAGACACCGUGCGAAAGCUCAGGGUGUACUCGCGUGCGGCCCCCUCUCCCUGUUGUAGCCGGAGGAGAUGCUCACCCCCGUCCUUUCCCUCCGUGGGAUGAUCGAACACCGCCCUGAACCGAGCGAGGAAGGUGGAGUAGGGAAGCGCUGCAGCCUCACCUCCUUCCCAGACUGCCGUGGCCCAAUCCAGCACCUUUCCCUUCAGUAGUGAAAUCACCAGCACUAUCCUUGCUUGGUCCGAUGGAGAUGCCCCACGCUGACACGCCAGAUGCAGUGAAACCUGUAGCAGGAAGCCUCUACAUUUCUUCGUUUUCCCGUCAUAGCGCUCCGGCAGGGCGAGGGUUCCCUCAGACAUUGGUGAUAGCCCAGGAGGAGGUGGACUGGUUGCACUCGCCGCUCCCUGAGGUGGAACCGGAGCGAUAGUCAGUUUAUGCAGCGUUUGGAGCACUUCCUGCAUGGCGGCGUUUAGCUGGGCAAUCUGCUGCUGGUGCUGGUCGAGGCGCUGGGAAACUCCAGGAGGAUUAGCUGCUGCAUCCAUCUUCGUGAUUGGUGUGUGAUUCUGUGACGAGUACUGAGGAUACGAAGAGGCAGGAUGCAGGAAUCAACAAUGUAAAGGUUUACUUAACACUGAGCAAGAGAACAACAAAGAGCGAGUACACGACAAGACACUAACAAUCACUCACAACAUAAUACUGAACAGUCCAGGGCUAUAUAGGGGUGGUGAUGAGAUGAGGUGCAAGUGCGCUAGAGGUGAUUAGGUUGCGUUGGGUUUCCAUUUGGGUGUUGCCGAGGUGGUGCGCUCAGACCGGUGGCUCAGUAGACCGGCGAAUCAGAGCGCUGGAGGGGAGCAACGGGAGGUGACGUGACAAAUAUCUACAUUAUCAGCAACCAUCAGUCCUGUGUUCCAAUGGCACGUUGUGUUUGCUAAUCCAAGUUCCCAUCUUAAUCUUUUAUUUUUAUUGGCCAGUCAGAGAUAUUUAUUUUUCUUUGCAACUCUGCCUAGAAGGUCAGCAUCCCGGAUUCGCCUCUUCACUGUUGACGUUGAGACUGGUGUUUUGCGGGUACUAUUUAGCUGCCAGUUGAGGACCUGUGAGGCAUCUGUUUCUCAAACUAGUAUUUGUCCUCUUGCUCAGUUGUGCACCGGGGCCUCCCACUCCUCUUUCUAUUCUGGUUAGAGCCAGUUUGCGCUGUUCUGUGAAGGGAGUAGUACACAGCAUUGUACAAGAUCUUCAGUUUCUUGGCAAUUUCAUCGCAUGGAAUAGCCUUCAUUUCUCAGAACAAGAAUAGACAUGAGUUUCAGAAGAAAGUUCUUUGUUUCUGGCCAUUUUGAGCCUGUAAUCGAACCCACAAUUGCUGAUGCUCCAGAUACUCAACUAGUCUCAAGAAGGCCAGUUUAAUUGCUUCUUUAAUCAGCACAACAGUUUUCAGCUGUGCUAACAUAAUUGUAAAAGGGUUUUCUAAUGAUCAAUUAGCCUUUUAAAAUGAUAAACUUGGAUUAGCAAACACAACGUGCCAUUGGAACACAGGACUGAUGGUUGCUGAUAAUGGUCCUCUGUACGCCUAUGUAGAUAUUCCAUUAAAAAUCAGCUGUUUCCAGCUACAAUAGCCAUUUACAACAUUAACAAUGUCGACACUGUAUUUCUGAUCAAUUUGAUGUUAUUUUAAUGGACAAAAAAUUGCUUUUCUUUCGAAAACAAGGACAAUUCUAAGUGACCCCAAACUUUUGAACUGUAGUGUAUAAUAUUUGUUUCUUUGUCUGUUCUCCAGAUUGCCUCAACUGUAGUCGAAUCACAGCCCUGACAAACAGACUCAGCUCACUGGAGGACAAGGUACAGUCAUGGACUCUACUGAAAACUGUGCUGCAGUGAGAGGCUACACAGUCUCUGAUCAUGAACACCAGUGUUUGAGUCUUUUUGAAAGGCACUGGCAUUUCUCUGAUAGAUUUGUAUUUAUUUUUAUUAAACCUUUAUUUAACUAGGCAAGUCAGUUAAGAACAAAUUAUUAUUUACAAUGACGGCCUACACACACUACAAUAAAUUGUAAAGUAUUUUGUCUAUAAUGUCUUUUUCGUUAUGUGUCGGACCCCAGUAAGACUAGCUGUCACCACUGGUGUCGGCUAAUGGGGAUCCUAAUAAAAAGGUAAAUUAAAAAAUCUCUUCAAAUGUCUCUCUUUCUCUCUCUUUCCUAUUUUAUCCCAAUAGGUCCAAGUGCUGUCCUCUCCUGCUUCCACUUCUCACCGCCACCUACAGGGUAAAGGAGGAACGGCACCGGAGUCAUCCUCACAGAUAGAGGCUCCACAAACCAAAGGAGCACCUGGCGAGCAGGGACCCGUAGGUACGUACAAGUCUCCUAUACCCAUGUAUGGGCAGGUUUUAGGAAAACCAUGUAUGCCUACUGAUUUGAGUGAAGUGGGUUAUGUUUGAUCAUUUAGUGAGAAAUCACUCUGCACAGCUCUCUUCGUGUGCUGUAAUUCGUUCUCCAUUGCAUCUCUACCUGCUCUCCUCCCCCAUAUCCUAUUUCCUCUGUCGCUAAGAGAGAGACGUGCACACACACAUACACACACACACAAACACACACACACACACAGACACAGACACUAAUUUCCAGUUGUCUGUGCUGCUCUCUUUCAGGGUUCUGUUGUGUGGAAAGUGAACACUUCAGGGCAUGAAAGCCCUCUCCUUCCCUGGAGCUCAGCCCAGCGUUGGCUGCAGCUAGAAAGAGAGAGUGCUCUGCUGGUGCACUUUCAAAAGGCCUUUCAAUAGUGUAUCAACUUCCAUCCAAUUACAUUCAAAUCUGUUUUAGCCAAAGGCUCUCUCAGGGUAAGAUCAUCACUGGCCUUCUGAGGCCUGUAGAUGAAUGUAAAUGCACCAUUAUGUUCAUCCUGCCACACAGGCAAUGUUUGUGGGUCAGUCUUAGUAGUUUUGAGAGAGAGAGAAAUGAUCUGUUCUGUAUAUACGUUUUUUGUUUCACUACAAUAUAAGAGCUAUAAUUUCGCUGAAUGUUCUGCCCUGUGUGGGACUCUUUGGUUUUAGUCUCCCAUGACUAGCUAUGGGGUUUGUUCCUCUCUGGCACCUCUGUGGCCCUAAUUAACAUCUCAGUGCUUAGUCUUUCAGCGAGUCUGUCUAAUCCAGAGCACAGCUCAGCUGCUCUGCCACCUCCAUCUGGUAACCCUUCACCUCAGGAAUCACUCAACGUCUAGUCCAUUUUUCCACACAAGGCAAUGGACGACCCCUUUCGCUCCCUCUUUCCCUGGGCCCUGGACUGCUCUCUGACACCUGUCUAUUUCUUCCCUAACAUACAGGUCCACAGGGCGAUAGAGGCAGAGACGGUACCCCUGGACAAGAUGGUAGGUUUGAGAUGUCAAGUCAGUCAUUGUUUUGUUUGUAACACAAACUCUUAUUUGUGGCUGAAUCAGAAUGGCUUUAUGGUUACUAGUGUCUGUACCCUGUCUUUGCUCAGGGAAGCUAGGGUCCCGGGGACUGCCGGGCCCCAGUGGCCCCAGGGGCGAGGCUGGGGUGAGGGGCCCUUCUGGGACCCCAGGAUCUAAGGGGACCCCAGGACCAGUGGGUAAGAUACUUACUGUAACUAAACAAUGACAGAGUGUAUGAUUUUAACAACCACUGAUUUCACUGUAAAAUUGCUUAAGCCUCCAAAUUUGUGACAGUCAUUCCUUUUGGCUGAAAUAUGAUAGUAACAGACUGUAUUCAGUAGAUGUUUGAUUCAUGAAUACCAGAUCAUUCCAGAUUUACAGUUGAUUAAGCAGGGUGCACCGAAUGCUUCUUGUCUUACAAGACAUUGACACUGUUUGUCAAUAAAUACGCAUGUCAUAAAGAUGGUAAAGAUCAGUGUGGGGACAGGGGGAUUGUAUGCGUACCCACCCACUUAACCCAUUGUCUCUAAGACACAACUAUGACAGUACUCUCAUUAGGCCAGGGCAAACAAGAACCCAGAGUGUAUGUCACUUCCUGUUGACUUAAGGCCUGAAACAAUGGUGGAAAAGUCACUCAGAUCUAUCUCAACAAAUUGCAACAAACUGCAUUAUGACAUCCUGCAUCAUAGUGUUAGGCUUUCUGUGAAACCACUCGGCCAUUCCACAAAGCCAUGCGUAGUCCAUGAAAAACACAGCAGUUCCUCUGUGGACAGCAUGAUGAUAACUUACAGACUUCUCAACCAUAAGACUUACUAAAUACAGAGUUUGCUGAUUCAGCAUGGUUUCCAGCAGCCUGCAAAAAAAAUAUUUAUCUUCAAUAUUUUAUCUACACGAAGCUCUCCUAUGGCUCGCAACACUCGCUGUUGUUCCUGCCUCCUGACCAACAAGAGUCGAUUCGUUCAGCAACAUAAAGAAAAGCAUCAAUCUGAUGCUUAUAUUUGAGGGUAAAUGGUUACAGACAAAUAAUAAAUAACAGUCGGAAAACAAGAAAUCCCUAGGCAUCCCCGGGCAGUUAUGAGUUUAAAGAUAAUCAAAUAAAUAGUAAUAUAAGUUGCUCUCGAUAUGAGCGUCUGCUAAAUGACUCAAAUGUAAAUGUAGAAUGUUGUAGCUGGAGGCUGUGGUUCUGGUUCCUCUCUGUAUGGAACAUGCAGACAGUGUACCCCUCCCUCUCUGAGGGACAUAUGACCCCUGCUCUCUGCCUGCUGCUGCUGCUGCUGCUGCUGGGUAGAAACUACAAACCCACUUUCUGAGAAACACCAUGUGAUUCCAAUCUGAAAUGAACAUGAGCUAUGUAUACAAGUCCUGUCUCCUUAUGUCUUCCAUAUGUCUGCGGUGUUAUUGUUGUCCCCCACGAUGAAAUCUGUGGAUCUGUCUCCGUCCGUACGUACAUUCGUUCAUACAUUCCUUCGUACGUUCGUACGUUAGUCACACGCGAUAUCUCAAACAGCACUGGGCCAAUUUUGACUAAACUUGGGUGAAUAAUGUGUCUUGCCAUAGAGAUCCGGCAUUUACAAAAUGACACUGAUUGGCCCAAGGUGGGAGCUAUAGUAAUUCACUGAAAUGUGUUAGUCAUACACUGCAUCAUUGGUGGGGGACGACAUGUUUACUGUUGCCCUGUUUUUCCUAUCUUCAUUAUAUGAUGUGUAUUCCCAGAGUGCAAUAGGGUUUCUAUUCAAAACUAUUUUCUCCCCUGUAUGCUGAAUUCUUCCUGUACGUUGCACAUACUAGAAAUGUUAACAUUGACAAGAAUGUGUUUGAUGUAACUGAAAACGUGAGCCUUAUGAGAGCAUGUUUGGUAGCAAGAGUUUAGGAGGAAGGGAAAUGAAUGAACUCAGCAGUGGUGUAAAAGUGGUUAAGACAGAUUCAUAAAGAGUCAAGGGGAGACUGUUGUCCCACAGGGACUUCCGCAGGGAGGGAAGCAGUGUCAGGUUGGGGUGUGUGCAGUCGUGCACUGAUGUGUUUUGGGAUGUUUUCCCCUGAAUCAGCGCAAAGACAGGACAUGUGUUUCCUGUACAGAAGAACUAGGAUUCCCUUACACGCACACGCAUGCACGCCCACACACACACACACAAACACACGCAUGCACACACACACAAUUUUACUCACACCUGGACACUGUAGCCCACAGCUGCUCCAGGGCCCCAUUAUCCUGCAGGAAAUAUAGAGCCUAGUUUGCCCUAAUGUCAUGCUAACACACAGACUCUGGAGAUGGAGCCACUGUGCUGCUGACCAUGGGUCAUGGUCCUUCAGGUUGGAUUGAGCGUGUGCAGAACCACAACACAGCCAGUCUUUGCUGCAAUGUUUACCAAAGCGAAGUGAAAAUGAAUCAGCGAGGUGUCAAAUCCAAUUAGAGCUGUAAUAACACAUUACAAAUGAUCCUUUCCUAUGCCAAGUUAUUCAUAGUUGCUAAUACAAUCAAUGUAACUCAAUGAUAGCUGUUGUCAGUUGCAUCACCCUCCAGAGCAUUAUUCAGGGUCACAAGACAAGGAGAUAGAGGGAGAUUGUGUGUGUGUGUGUGUGAGAGAGGGAGAGGGAGAGGGAGAGGGAGAGGGAGAGGGAGAGGGAGAGAGAGAGUGUGUGAGUGAGUGAGUGAGUGAGUGAGUGAGUGAGUGAGUGAGUGUGAGGGGGGGGGUCAUGUUGAGCACAGCAUUACCUCAGGAAAGUGCAAACAAUGAGGUCAGAUGUUGCUGUGGGGAGGUGAGGCACUUUGUUUGGGUUUGUGGAUGGAGCAGUCAAUCCAGCUGGGCCACAGGGACAAGUCACAUCUCAGCUUUUCUUUCUCACCUUUUUUCAACAAAAGUAGAAGCCGAUGUGGGAGGGAGAGAGAAACACUUUCACUAGCUGGCUUGUCGGGACUGGUUAUGCACGCACACACACAACCGUGAGCGCUCUCACGCUCCGGCUCGUGCAGACUCAGGCAGCAUUAAAUUUCUUACGCACCAGUGCCGCUAAUAUGCUCCAACGUUUAAUCGUUUUUAUUUGAGUUUUCCCAGGUCCUCCUUUGAGCUCCCAGCACACAGCCAUUAAGAGCCCUCCUCCUGUUAAUUAAAGCUGAACAGCAGUCAGUCGCUCAGCCCGCAAUCUCCUCUCCUCGCCUCUCCUCUCCUGCUGCUGAUAUUAACCGCCAAGCACUGAAACCUAAUACACCAUGCAGCGCUCGCUCUCUCUCUCCCCCAUUCUCCCUCCCUUCACAUUCUCUACUAUACAUCUACACAGCCCUGUACCCUACCACCUUGUCUAGGUUCACCAGUGCUCCCCUGCCAUUGUGAGGUGUGCCAGGAAAGGCAACACAGAGUGAAACCUCUUCAUCAUGGGUUCACCUAUCUGGUGCCCUUUGAAAUUAUGAAAAUACUCAAUGAAAAAUCGAAUGAUAUACCAAAAGAGAUUAAAAGUUUCUCUCUGGUCACCGGGCACUUUACACACUGCACUAAAAUAUGCUAUGGUGAAACCCCUUCUGAAGAAAUGUAAUCUAGAUUCUUCAGCUCUUAGCAAUUUUCGGCCAAUCUCCAACCUUCCAUUCUUAAGCGAAAUUCUGGAGAAAUUGGUUUUCAUACAGCUAAAUUAUUUUUUAAGUGCCAACUGUAUUUAUGAAAAAUUCCAAUCUGGUUUUUGUGCCUACCACAGCACAGAGACAGCCUUAGUUAAAGUGGUAAAUGAUUUUAGAGCCAACACAGAUGCCAAACAGCUCUCUGUCCUUGUACUCUUGGAUUGAAGUGCUACAUUCGACACUGUUGACCAUGCUAUCCUUCUGGAUAGACUGGAGAGGUGUGUUGGCCUCUCUGGACCAGCUCUAAAUUGGUUUAGGACCUAUUUAACCAGUCAAGAGUUUUUUGUAACCCUUGGUGAAGAUAACUCAGAGAAAAUACAUAUCACAUGUGGCAUUCCACAAGGUUCCGAUUUUGGGUCCAGUACUGCUCAGUUUAUAUAUGUUAACCCUUGGCAGCGUUAUCAGAAAGCACAGCAUUGAUUGUCACUACUACUGUAGCGGGGGAUUUGACGGAGUCAGGCGCAGGAGGUGUAAAUCACAGAAUAAAUGGUUUAUUCGGCCAAUACAGCGGUUCGCAGCAAGGCAUAAAAUAACUACAUUGCGGUAUAACGGCGCACUGGAGAAAAAUAAAACACACGGGUGAAUAUCCCGGCGAUACAGUACAUAAUGCUCCACCGAGCUAUCGACACCUCCACAUGAAACAAUCACACACAAAGACAUGGGGGGCAGAGGGAAUACUUAUACAGGGACUGAUGAGGGGAUAUGAACCAGGUGUGUAAAAAAACAAGCCAAAACAAAUGGAAUGAUGAGAUGAGGAGCGGCAGUGGCUAGAAGGCCGGUGACGACAAACGCCGAAGCCUGCCCGAACAAGGAGAGGUGGCAGCUUCGGAGGAAGUCGUGACAACUACGCAGACGAUACACAACUUUACAAUUCAGUGUCACCAGAGGAUUUUAACUCCACGGAUAAAUGAUUAGACUGUAUGAGUGAUUUAAAUACUUCCUCUAGCUAAAUCAAGACAAGACCGAGGUACUUAUUGUUAGAGCCAAAGCACAGAGAGAGAAUCUGGCCGCACAUUUUAAUUCACAGGCAAUAAAGAUAAAACACCAGGUAAAAAACCUAGGGGUCAUUUUAGAUUCUGAACUCAAUUUCGAAUCACAUGUGACCAAAAUAGCUUUUUACCACCUGAGGAACAUUGCCAAGGUGCGGCAGUUUCUCUCUCAGGCUGAUACAGAAAGACUCAUCCAUGCUUUUAUUACAAGCAGGCUUGACUACUGUAAUGCUCUCCUGUCUGGUCUACCCAAGAAAACCAUUGGUCAACUGCAAAACAUACAGAAUGCUGCAGCACGGGUACUGACCAAGACCAGACUGAGAGCACACAUUACACCAGUUUUAAGGUCUCUGCACUGGCUGCCUGUGAGUUUUAUUGAUUUUUAAAUCAGUCCACGAUUGUGCACCCCAAUACAUGUCAGACAUGCUUUUAAGUUAUGUACCCAGUAGGUCCCUCACGUCCUCUGGAACGGGCCAUUUAACUACAGUAUCUCAAGCCUAGGACCAAGAGGCAUGGAGAGGCAGAGUUAUUAUGCCCCCAGCCUCUGGAAUAGCCUGCCAGAGAACCUGAGGGGGGCCGAAACUGUGGACAUAUUUAAAAGACAUCUUAAAACAACCCUUUUUAGCUUUGCUUUUCCUUAGGGUGCUUUGUAGUCGUUCAGUUUUUAUUGGUAUUCUUUAGUUUUUUUAUCCUAAAGCUUGAUUUGAUUUGAAUGCUGUCCCAAUACUGAUUCUUGCUUUUGUCAUGGAGUUUUUUCCUACCCUUUCCAAUGUCAUCAUGCCAAUGCUGUCCCUCAGUGUAACAGUGUGGUGUAUCUCCCCUCCCCCCAGGACCCAAAGGUCCAUCAGGUCUCCCAGGAGAGAGGGGUCUACCUGGGCUUCCUGGACCUCCUGGACCCCCUGGACCCCCGGCCCCAGCCAGCGCCCGCAUCCCAGAGCCAGACCGGGGUAAGAGAAGCACCACUAUACCCUACAGCCAUAUCCAACACCACACACACGCAAUUAAUCAGAUGAACAGUUGCGUUAUGGAACACUCAAAUAAUUUGUUUACAAUUAUGAUGUCAUGGGCAGUGGCUAUUUUAGCAUGUAAAUAUUGGUGGGGCAAACUAAAAAAAAUAUAUUUUAGAUGAAUGCCAACAAACCUACUACACAACACUACACAACACUAAACAAUACAUUAAUUGCACUAUAACGGUGACAAACGGUGCCCACACACUGUUAGGGCCUACAUAAAGCUGUCCAAACAGCCGAGUCCCAACAGCAGUCCCAACCCCUUACCACUGCUACACCUAGCUAUCAGCGGAGCCUUGUCUGGCAGAGAAACAGUUAAUUCAGCUUCAUUUACUGCCUUUUAAAAAAACAUAGCUGAUAUGGCUGACUUGCUUAAACAAAUGUGAUUUCUACUGACAACUGAGAUGUACAAACUAUGGCAUAAGGAGACGACGAGAGGAUAAGAGGCAAUCCGUAAUUUUGAUUAAGACAUUAAUGAGCGAGCUAGGACGGACGUAGUCAAUGUAACUAUUUGUUCAGCACUUUUGAAAUGUACAGCAACAGAAUUCAGAACAUGGGCCGUUCUUACAGUAUUCUCCCUGUACACCAAGUCAGAACCGUAGGAUAAAUAAAGGGGGCAUAUAAGCAGACAAUGAAAGCUCUUACAAUAUUCGAUGAUUACAUGUCUCUAAAACAGGCUAUAUGCACCACCAAAUCAGAACAGUAGGUGAAAUUAUGAGAGGAAACGGGACCAAAUUAUUAGGGUGAGGCACAUGGGCUACUAACAGCUUACUACACAACAUACACUUAGUAUUACUUUCUUAGCUACAGUAUACAGUGGGGAGAACAAGUAUUUGAUACACUGCCGAUUUUGCAGGUUUUCCUACUUACAAAGCAUGUAGAGGUCUGUAAAUGUUAUCAUAAGUACAGUUCAACUGUGAGAGACGGAAUCUAAAACAAAAAUCUAGAAAAUCACAUGAUGUAUGAUUUUUAAGUAAUUAAUUUGCAUUUUAUUGCAUGACAUAAGUAUUUGAUCACCUACCAACCAGUAAGAAUUCCGGCUCUCACAGACCUGUUAGUUUUUCUUUAAGAAGCCCUCAUGUUCUCCACUCAUUACUUGUAUUAACUGCACCUGUUUGAACUCGUUACCUGUAUAAAAGACACCUGUCCACACACUCAAUCAAACAGACUCCAACCUCUCCACAAUGGCCAAGACCAGAGAGCUGUGUAAGGACAUCAGGGAUAAAAUUGUAGACCUGCACAAGGCUGGGAUGGGCUACAGGACAAUAGGCAAGCAGCUUGGUGAGAAGGCAAUAACUGUUGGCGCAAUUAUUAGAAAAUGGAAGAAGUUCAAGAUGACGGUCAAUCACCCUCGGUCUGGGGCUCCAUGCAAGAUCUCACCUCGUGGGGCAUCAAUGAUCAUGAGGAAGGUGAGGGAUCAGCCCAGAACUACACGGCAGGACCUGGUCAAUGACCUGAAGAGAGCUGGGACCACAGUCUCAAAGAAAACCAUUAGUAACACACUACGCCGUCAUGGAUUAAAAUCCUGCAGUGCACGCAAGGUCCCCCUGCUCAAGCCAGCGCAUGUCCCAUCUGAAGUUUGCCAAUGACCAUCUGGAUGAUCCAGAGGAGGAAUGGGAGAAGGUCAUGUGGUCUGAUGAGACAAAAAUAGAGCUUUUUGGUCUAAACUGCACUCGCCGUGUUUGGAGGAAGAAGAAGGAUGAGUACAACCCCAAGAACACCAUCCCAACCGUGAAGCAUGGAGGUGGAAACAUCAUUCUUUGGGGAUGCUUUUCUGCAAAGGGGACAGGACGACUGCACCGUAUUGAGGGGAGGAUGGAUGGGGCAAUGUAUCGCGAGAUCUUGGCCAACAACCUCCUUCCCUCAGUAAGAGCAUUGAAGAUGGGUCGUGGCUGGGUCUUCCAGCAUGACAACGACCCGAAACACACAGCCAGGGCAACUAAGGAGUGGCUCCGUAAGAAGCAUCUCAAGGUCCUGGAGUGGCCUAGCCAGUCUCCAGACCUGAACCCAAUAGAAAAUCUUUGGAGGGAGCUGAAAGUCCGUAUUGCCCAGCGACAGCCCCGAAACCUGAAGGAUCUGGAGAAGCUCUGUAUGGAGGAGUGGGCCAAAAUCCCUGCUGCAGUGUGUGCAAACCUGGUCAAGACCUACAGGAAACGUAUGAUCUCUGUAAUUGCAAACCAAAGUUUCUGUACCAAAUAUUAAGUUCUGCUUUUCUGAUGUAUCAAAUACUUAUGUCAUGCAAUAAAAUGUAAAUUAAUUACUUUAAAAUCAUACAAUGUGAUUUUCUGGACAGUUGAAGUGUACCUAUGAUAAAAAUUACAGACCUCUACAUGCUUUGUAAGUAGGAAAACCUGCAAAAUCGGCAGUGUAUCAAAUACUUGUUCUCCCCACUGUACAUAUCUCCCUGGCAUAUUACACCAUUUAUGCAGCAGUAUAAAAUACAUUUUUGGGCUCACCUUGUUGUGCUGUGCUCACUUGAACAGGAAGGAGGCGCGACGGUUCUUCGUGGGCAAAUUUUGUCAUCAAACUUUGUCAUCAAAGUCUGGCAUUCUCUGGAUUUAUGGUGCUUUCAAGACAACUGGGAUCCUGGGAAAAAAACAAGGUCGAAUGAUGACGUUGGUGAUCUUCAGGUCGGAGCUCUAAAAAGAGGCCCGUGUUCCCAACUUCCAAUUCCGAGUUGGAUGACCGUUCAAAACGUAUUUUCCCAGUUGGAGCUUGUUUUUUUCUGAGUUCCCAGUUGUCUUGAACUCACUGAAAUCAGAUUUACCAGUUCUGAGUUUCCAGUUGUUUUGAGCGUGGCAGAAGUCAUGUUGGAUUGACACCAUGGCCAAUGUUGAAUGUUUAUCCUUUUAAGCUUGGAAAAGAGACCCUUAAACCCAGACUUGGGACCACACACCCACUCCACUGAAUAGCAGGCUAGUGACUGCUUUGCGAUGCUUGCAGUUAGCCACUGAUUCCUUCCAAAUGUUUAUGUCCAAUGGCCGAUGAGCACCGAUACUUUUUAUCUAUAAUUUCUCUUCAUUAUUUCUCUUCAUAUGACAAGAAUUAAAAAGGAUUUGCCAGUAGAUUGUCGACUUGAUUCAUGAUGAUGACUGCUAGCUUGCUAGCUAAGAUUUUGAAAGUAUGAUGUUGACAUGAUCAGUCCAAUCAAAGCUGCUGUAGAUAUAACGUGAUUUGACGUCAUUUUAUCUGUGGCCGAUGACCUUGAGCCUUCUUGGAUGGGCAUUUCUAAUGUAACUCUAUGGCAGCACCCAAGGGGCUUGAAUUUUCGAGCUCUACCCUUAGAUAUCGCAGUGACAUAGUGUCCCCAUGAGUGACAGAACACUGAGCCAAUCACGGUGCAACUAGAGAAUAUUACCAACCCCUGCGCUCCAUAUUUUUGAAGCUGCCUUACUCAAGAAAGCAAAAAGUAGUUUGUAUGCAGCUUUAUUAACUAAAUUCAUUCAGCCUCACGUAAGGUUGGAGCCCAGGCAGUGAGAAGGGAUGAUAACUGAGAGGAGGAAAUGGGCUGCAGAAUGUGCAGAUGUGUAGGUUGACAGAUGGAGAAUUCUAGCUGUGGGUAAAUUAAGGUUGGCAUUGAGAAUUCUCAUACUGUGAACUGUUUCUUUCACAUCAAAGUGAAAGCAGCAGACGCAGGGGUUCUGUGCUGGGCUUCCUUUGGAAAACACUGGCUUAUUGGCUGUCCCGUCUGGAUCUGGAGGCGGGAAUCUCCUGCAGCAGAAUGGGACUGAAUCCUCCAACUUUCAGGUGGGACAGGGUCACAGGUAGAGAGGAGGAGGGGGAGGGGAUGUAUGAACCCAGCCAUCUUAGAAGAUCAUAUACAUUACAUUGUAGAACACUGUUGUAAACUCAGGACAUUGUGGGGUUGGAAAGUACAUGGACAGAGACUCACUAUCAGAGAGGGUGUUUAAGUACAGGAGCUGGAGAUGAAGAUAAAAUAAUGUUUCUAUAGAGACAGGCAGACGGACGGACGGGAGACGGACAGACAAGCAGACAGGUAGGCAGACAGACAGGCAGACAGGCGGGCGGGCAGGCAGGCAGGCAGGCAGGAAGGCAGGCAGGCAGGCAGGCAGACAGACACCUCUAUUGAUAGCAGGGUUAUGUGGGACUGGAAUAGGGAUCAGAGUCAGUCUGGCAGCUGGAGGAUGUGUCUCGUUGACAGGCCUUCCCCUCCCUGCUCUCCCCCUCUGUGGUACUCCAUCAGCACAGUGCUACCUGUCAGCCUGAGACAACCCUUUAAAACCACACACUUCCCCCUAUCACUGGACAUUUCCUAUCCCUCUUCCUCUCUCUUUCCCUACAGAUAGAUAUAGGUCACAGAAGUCCUCUGUCAGCCCAAUGUCAAUGGAGGUGACGCAAGUCUUUCUUAAUAAGUACUGUACCAUGUAUACCUGUAGGACAUGAAGUACGCAUACACAUGAGUGCAAACAAUGUGAUAAUGAUGAUAUUUAGCCAUAUAUAUAUUUUACAUUUACCUUUAUGAAAGAUGGACAGUGUAAAGGUUUGAUACUUUAUGGUGCUGAAAGAAGCCCGAACAUUUGCGCGAGAGCAUCGCCCCAUGUAGGUACUUUUCAGGUAUGUAGUUCAGUCCUCUUUUGUCCUGUUUAACCACUCAAUUCUAUGCAUGUCCUCUGUAUUCCAGGUCAGGGCAAGGAGCUGCUCCUCUCCAACACCUUCCCUGACCCACGAGGGAUGCCUGUCAAAGGCCCACAAGGCCCUGCUGGACCUGCUGGUCAGUAUGUCUGUUUUUCUCUCCUGGUCCCUAGCCACUAGCCAGUAACAUAUUGGUUUCAUUAUCCUGUCAGUGUAGUGAUUAAAUUGAGUAUUCAUUUGGGUUCUCUUAUCAGUUAUGCCCUUGGAAGCAUAAACAAAAUUAUCCAUUCUCUGUCAGAUUCACUGAAACACAACUCCCCUGUCCUCAACUCUCAUCUAGAGAUUCCUGAUUUCCUCUUUAGAGGAAGUUGAAUUUGCUCCCAGUCUCUCAAAUGUUGGAUUGAUUUGUUGUUUGCCUGUCCCUCUUGCCUCAGUUUGCAUCAACAGUGUUCAAUCAAAUGAUAUGUCAAGAUGAGACUUUUCAAUUCCCAUGUUUAAAGUGAGCUGUGAGAGGAGUGAGCUUGGGUCAGCUCCUAUGAUUGGUCGGAUUUUGGAUAACACUUAUCUAGCAUCACUUCUAUCAUAACCAAACAAGGCAGAUUUAAGAGUGUUCAUUAUAACAAGUAUGUCCAUAUUUGUAAUGGUUUGUCCAGUCCAGUAAUUAUAUACACACCUAUCAUGGGGGUAGGAAUAGAAAGACGUAAUGGGACACAGUUGUUAGUAUUCAUCUGACUAGAGAUUUCUGGUUAUUUUCAUACUUUUUUAUAGUGGUUAAUGUCAUAGUCCAAAUACCUUUGCAUAAUCUAACUUUGCAGGUGUUCCAAAACACACAUGUAACAUGAAACCCUUUCCUAUCAUUCAUCCAUAACUCAUAUUUUUUUCCUCCUUUAUUUUGUCUAUCUUUUCAUUCUCAAUUUGCCUUGUGUGUCUGAGAAGAACCUAUCUUGGCCUAUAAAGGCAACCUGACCUAAAGGCUGCCUAUUACCUUGAUGCUCACAGUCCUUAUGUAUCCCAUCAUACAGGUCCUCCAGGCCCCAAAGGCCCCGUGGGACCCCCUGGCCCAGCAGGACAGAACGUAAGCGUUUGCCUUAGGACUAUAGUGGGCAGUGUAUAAUGGUGCAAUGGAAAUAAUAAUCAUGUGAGAUUAGAUCCCACCUACUGUACAAUUUAACAAAUGUGUUAUCUGUCUGUUUUAACCUUUUCUCCUGUCUCUCUACAGGGUAAAUUGGGGGCCCCUGGGUUACAGGGCCUGGUGGGGCCAAAAGGAGAAAGUGGGGAGAGAGUGAGUACCAUGCACAGGCCAGGGCGCAACCACACCUAAUGUUUCCUCCCCAUUCUAUUAUUUCUAGAUAGAGAGACAAAACUCCUUCUAACUUGCCUCUGGCUUCCUAGGGUCCUCUGGGUUAUCCAGGAGAGAGAGGGUUCAGAGGAGAGCCGGUAAGCCACCUACCUCCUGUCUAGCUGUGGCCCUGAUGAGUGUGGCAAAAACCAACACGUCACACCCGAUUACACCGUGGUCAACUAUACAAUCCAGUGAUCUCAGAGAAUGUGUUUUACUGCUGCUUUUUCAUAAAGGAAAGGGAAAGGGGGAUACCUAGUCAGUUGUACAACUGAAUGCAUUCAACUGAAAUUCAACUUCCGCAUUUAACCCAACCCCUCAUAGGCAGUACUUUAUGCCAGUGAGAACUAGUUAUCACUAGUGUGCCAUUACUCUUGACUCAAUGUUUCUAUACAGGGAGUAGCAGGAGCCAAGGGAGAGCCAGGACAGAAAGGCCUGCCGGUAAGAACACCAGAGAUGGGGCCGUAGCUCACCCUGUGCCUCACUGACUCUCACUGGGCUGUAUAGGACCAGGAGCCAGGAGGGGAAACAGUGGCCCAAUGUCUUUCCUUGAUUCCUUGUGUCUUCUAUCCUUGCGUCCUUCUCAAAACUCAUAGGAGGAAAAUGUCUGAGGGGAGGAACCUUGGGUCUUCUCCUCCAAUGGGGUUUGAGAAAGAUGUGAGGAAAGAGGAUGCCAGCAAUUGAGAAAAACUAAUUGAGAAGUAGUCCAUUUCCCCACAGUGUACUUAAGUGUAAAUACUGUAUACUGUGUAGACAAUUAUUCUGUGUCUGUCUAAUCACUUAUUUUCCUUUGCCUCUUUCUCAUUUUACAAGAACAAUCUAAAUGUAAGGGAUUUAUGAACCAAGUCACCGCUUGGGCAUUUUUAUGAACCAUGUCCAAUCACCACGUUUACAUAUUUACUUUCUUAUGAAGUUUACUUUCCAUGUAUCUAUAUUGUUAUUAGUAUUGUUCUGCAAAUCGUCCUGCACUUGUUUUAAAAAAGUACUCAUUUACUCAUAGUAUGUCAGUUUGCGGCAUGUGGGAUUGUGGUUUUUGUUGUUUGUGUGGGCUCUGUUUAAUUAUGAUGUUGUGAUUAUUGUGGUUUUUUGGUCCUCGGGGUGUGCUGUGGGUGCUGCCCCUUGUUGAAAACACUGUCCUACUCCUGUCUGACCCUAAAGCUGUCUGACUCCCUCUGCAAGCUACUGUCUCCAUGGUUACCUUUCACAGUCACAUUCUGAGCAUCUGACAUUGGCAUAUACACACACACACACCUGCUGUUCCUACAUCACGAAUGCUAAGUCAUUUGCUGAUUGAGGGAAAGAUAAUAGAAUCUUUAAGAAUCUGUUGAGUGGCAUGUAAUACAGCAUUGUAUUGAGGAUCAAUAUUUGGUCAUGCCAUGCUUUUACAAACACUUCUACAAAUGAUAUAAAUAAUGCCAAGGAUGGCAUGUUCAUAUGUCAAGUCAACUUGCGUGGUCCUCUGUAGCUCAGCUGGUAGAGCAUGGCGCUUGUAACGCCAAGGUAGUGGGUUCGAUCCCCGGGACCACCCAUACACAAAAAUGUAUGCACGCACGACUGUAAGUCGCUUUGGAUAAAAGCGUCUGCUAAAUGGCAUAUUAUUAUUAUUAUUAUUAUAAAGCACAUAACGUUUAUACAUAGUAUAAAUUAACAUUGGUAUAUGUGGAAUGUAUAUGCCAAAUCACUCCAUGUAGAGUUAUUGUGGGAACAGUGGUGGUGGGUUAGUGCUGAGUGGGGUGGACUGGGUUGGAGAUGUGAAUGGAUACAGCUAUCCUCCAGUGUCCCACAAUGCAUGGCUGCAUGCUCCCAUCCUUAGUUACUGCACUGUUUGCCAUUUCUCUCUUGCUUGCCAAACUCAAAUGUAAACUCCUUAACUUAGUGUAAAAAUGCAUCAAUAACACAGAAACCGGGCAUGGUCACUCUAAAUUGUAUCUCAAACCAAAACUAUAUUUAUUAUCUCCUCAAUGGUCUCACAAUAGGCCCAUUAUCCUUUCAGCUCCCAUCUGCUCCUCAUCAAUCAACCAUGACCCAGAGGAUCUUGUUAUUGUGGAGCCGUACAAACUGGACAAACACAAACACACUGGACAUUAGUCAUUGAUAUGAUUUAUUGAUAUAGCUUAAUGAAAUCUUGCCUUUUGUUCUGUAGAGGUUUAUCCUUUGCUCGUUAAUCAGUUUAUUUCUUGACCCAAGAGAAAAAUACUCAGGCAUCCACACUAACGUCAUAUUGUGCAUGCAUUCUUUAUCAACUGUCACUGACAUGAUUGCUUGUGUCUGUUUACUUUCUGUUCCUUUUUUUCAAUGUUUGAUGAUUCAUAAAGCCAGUAGGUCUUUCUUGACAAUUGGACAGUGAUCUGUUUCUCAUUUUAAACAGAAUCAAAUAGAAAGAGUAAAGGUUUACUGGCUUUAUUUGGUGAGCAUGUUUUAAUACAGUGAGAGAUGGAUGGGCAGCUAUUAUGAACUCAGCUCUAAUAACCGUUAUGUAGAAACAGUUUACUGAGACUUCAGAAGGUUAUUUUCAACCGUUUUAGAAAAUCACUCUGUAAUGCAACAGAAACUUGUCUGGCUGAAUAGCUGCUCAUCUUGAUCAAGUCCAGAAGGAAUGCAGAUGGCAUGGUCAAACUUGAGGCCCUGGACCGCCUCCUCCACUUUUGUUAUGUCAACAACAUGGGAAUGUCUUGUGAUGUGCAUGCUGUUUUUGCCCAGCAUGGCAAAGACUGGCCUGGUAUGGCAGCAUGGCCAGAGAACGAGGGAGAUAGAGAGAUACAGGGGCGGGAUAAGGUACAGAUGUAGGAUCUUAAUUUGAUCACUAUUUUGUUGCUGAGAAUCUUCCUGCACAGCAGGAAAUGCAAACUUGUAGUGUAUUCAAGGUUUAAAAAGGCUUCUAAAGUUUGUAAUUUUCCCUUUAAAAUGCCAGACUUGAUUUGCCCUAACGGAAAAUGUAUCAACCCCUACAAUAAAUGUUCAUUAAUUAUAAUCCACAUAAUAAUUCACAUUUCCUGUUGCUGCAGGAUUAUUUUUUCCUGCUAUAGCAAACUGUCUCAAAUUAAGAUCCAACAUCUGUAAAGGGUGCUGGGUGGGUGCGUGGACUGGUUUUAACCUGCUAACUGCUGUAAUAGAUUGACAGAGAGAAAAUGACUUGCACCUUGGCGAGCAAUUUGUUUGGCUUGUGCUCCUUACCUUGACGGCUGUAUCUAUCUUCACAGGGGGACGGGAUACAUCAGAUCAGAGAAGCGCUGAAGAUCUUAGCCGAGAGGGUUUUAAUCCUCGAGACUAUGAUCGGUAUUCAUGGUGAGUAGGAGGCCUGAGGUAGCAGGGUCAGCUUUAGGCAGGGGUCAGACAAGGCUGGGUGUCACCCCACACUCCUCCACUUCUGGGAAGUGGGACAGGGGGUAUGGCCAGAGGCAGACAGCCCCAGGACCAGGCCUGGUGUGUCCGCUCCCCACCCCUCACCCAGUCCCCUUGUCACUGUUCUCUGAUAGGACAUUAGUUUGAAGAUGUUCCAAGACUUGCAGGCAGACCUGGAGCUUCUGGCUCGCAGGGUGACACUGCUGGAGGCUAUCAUCUGGCCAGGUAACGCUGGUAACCAUCCUCACCUCCAGGUCACACUAGUCACUAGUACAUUAUCUACUGGAUCAGGCAUACAGGGAUCAUAUGAAAAAUUAUAUUUUAUGUCUGUUUUUAUUUAAGAGUUGUUGCUGUAACUCACAUUAGUAGGCACCUACUAGUACAUGUUUAUUAAUUCACUAAAUAGGUGAUGCAACUCAAAGAUUUAGACAUGUCUAGAUCACUUUCAUAGCUAGGCGCAUCAUAAUGACGAAUAUCUCAUAUGGCAACAUCAUAUAAGCUUUAUUAUAUGUAAUAAUGUGCUCUAUUAACUAAGUAUUUUAUAUUGAUGUCUCAUAUGUAUGCAUAGGGUAGCAUGGCCCCAACUCUUUGUUUCUUCAACAGAGCCUGAUUUAGGGUCUGGAGAUGGUCCAUUCGGGACUGCGUCCCCAGGUGGUUUCUACAGGGAUAAGCGGGCAGGAUCCGAACCCUAUCGGCUCGUCUCCCCUCCUCUGUCCUCAGACACUAAGGUUCAGGGGAAGUAGCAUCGCUCCCUGCUGCAUCUCUGAGGAUCACAGUCUGGGUUUAACCACCCCCUCCCUUAGGUCUCUCUGGCACUCUACUGAUCCAGACCUUAUCUGAUACCUUAUCCGAUACCCUCUGUGGGCUGUACCAUCAGACGAAAGGUGGGGGACACCUCAGGGAAGCUCCACUGGUGCUCCGGAGUCUGCCCACCUCCAUUGGGAACCAGUACCAGCCACCUUUACCCCAACAUACACCUCCACGUAGACCCAUGGCUCCCCCUGUGUCCCAUCCCCAUGGCUACAGCUAG